AUGGAAAAAUAUUUUAAAAGAAAGUCAAUUAUUGAAACAUCUCAACUUUGUUCUGGUGUCAAUGAUAAUGAAAACCAACCUUCUUCAAAGAAAAAUUGCUUCAAAGUUGACUUGGAAAAUCUUCCUUUUGAUCAUGGAUUUCGACCAAGAAUUACGUUUUAUCAUCCUAAUGUUCGAGACCAAGUCAGAAUGCGUUAUCUACAAAAGGGUCUUUGUCAACCUCGCAACCAUAAGUUUCCCAAAUCAAAAUCUAGUGAUCAUGAACGGAGUUUCCAACGUUCUUGGUUUGAUAAAUAUUCUACUGGUUGGAAUAUAGUGUUGAGAAAGAUGUUGCACAUUGUUCACGUUGUUAUCUUUUCAAACCAGAUAAAGGUGAGCAAAGCGGAGAUGAUUCUUUUGUUCUUGAUGGGCUUCGCAAUUGAAAGAGACUUGAAAAUUGUAAAUAUCAUAUUGGAGGGAUUGCCUUUUCGUGGCCAUGAUGAGUCUGAUAAUUCAACGAAUCAAGGAAACUUUCUUGAACUUUUAUACUAUACAGCUGAGCAAAAUGAAGAAUAUAGAUUAGUAGCAUUGGAGAAUGCUCCUGGACAUGAGAAAUUGCUUGCUCCUAAUAUGACUGCUUUGUCACUAAAGAUGGGAAUCAAAACAUUGUUCUCCAAAUACAAUUUUGGCAUAUCAAGAUUACGUGGACAAGGUUAUGAUGGUGCGACACUUGUAGCUGUGGCAAAAAAGGACACAAAUAUUGAGAGACUUUUUUUGAAAGUUUCUUUUAUGAUAAAUAUUGUUGGAUGGUCACGUAGACGUCAGGAUCUUCUUAAUGAGAAACAAGCUUUGAAGGUGAAAAAAGCUAUUGAAAGUGUGCUUGAGGAUCUUACUGAGAAUUCUGAUAAUAGAGUUGAAGCAAGUGAUUUGGUGGAUUAUAUGACUUCUUUUUAUUUUGCUUUUAACUUGCACAUGAUAAAAAACAUUUUGGGAAUCACAUUUGAACUUUCACAAGCACUGCGAAGAAAGGAUCAAGAUAUUAUAAAUGCUAGGUCUUUUUGGUUCACUUGUCGAAAAGAAGAUUAUUGUUGA